CCUACUUUUCACGUGACGUAGGGUAGUUAAGGACACAUUAGCCAAAGAGGAGUCGCAACUUCUGAUCCACUGUAUACCAGCGAGGCACCGUGUGGCGACGACAGGAUAAUUACGAUCUCAGCUGCAAGUAAACAUGUAUCCACACACGCUGACGCAGUUGGACAGGUGGAAUCCUUUCAGCGCUCCUUUUACCGACAUGCAUCAGAAUGAGCAGCCGGCACCUGAAGAGGCGCAUCCAAAGCGUAAACUCCCGUCGGUUGAUGACGCUUGCCUUUCAGAUGGAGAGUGUGGGGCGUUUGUACACUGGUCUGAGGAGGUGCAGUGGUUUGAUGACCAGCACGAGGAAAAGAAGGACGGCACAGUGUCCAAUGGUGUCAAAGCGACAUGGAACAACACCCGAAUCCUCACCCGGGCGAUGGUUGCCAACGGCAACGGCAUACAUAAAGCGCUCGGACGGCAGAAUUUGGCGAAGGAGAUGAUGCCCAAUGGGGUCCACAUUCCAGCAGGCUUCAAACACUGGAUCCCACUGUGGGCAAAGGUAGCUGCGUUCCUGUUCUUUGGCGUGCUGACCGGCUGCCUGCUCUACAUCUUCCAGCCAGACGACUUCGUACCUCCGCCGCUUCAGGAAGAGGAGACAGAAGAGCUUGAGGACACCAUCAUGUUCACGUGGGAGUGGAUUUCCAUCAUGGUGGCGGAAACUGUCGCCGAAUUUGUCUUCAUAACAAAAUCGUUGUUCUCAUUUUUUUAGUCUGGCCAUGAUUAUAUGAUCGUAUAAAGUGUUGAUUGUACAGUGAUCCGAAGUGGUGAAGACCCAGGAAAUGGUCUCACUUUUACAAUUGUGAAUGCACAGGUGAUGGUUUGCUGAAUUGGACUUUUCAGGGUGUAAUGGAGACGUUGUUUCUGAAUGGUGGCAAAGUUUUUUGUAGAACUUUUGCAAGACUUUUUCUGCAGAUUUGAUUUUUCUUUUU